AUGACUGUUACUCCGGAUAAUCAUAGUGGAGGGUCGUCUCCUCCCUCCACGCUCCCUGUUGAGGUCGAUCAUGAGAAGGUCAUCCCAGUGCAGGAGACACCGGCGCCUCCGCCGCCUCCCAAUGGAGGGCUGGUAGCAUGGCUCCAAGUGGUCGGGGCCUUUUUCCUCUUCUUCAACUCCUGGGGCGUGGUGAACACCUUUGGCGUGUACCAGACCUACUAUGAAACCGAUCUGUUGCGGGGUCAUUCUCCCUCGUCCAUCUCCUGGAUUGGCACUGUCCAGGGCUUUCUCUUGUUCCUGGUUGGAGUCGUUGCGGGUCCCUUUUUUGACAAGGGGUACCUCAAGACCAUGAUCGCUCUGGGCUCAUUCCUGGUCGUGUUCGGUCUGAUGAUGACUUCCCUGUCCACCAAGUACUACCAAAUCUUUCUGGCCCAUGGAAUUGCUGUCGGGAUCGGCUGCGCCUUUCUCUUCCUGCCCAGUAUCGCCAUCGUGGCCACAUACUUUACGACGCGGCGAGCCGUGGCGACGGGCAUCACGGCGUCGGGAGGUAGCAUUGGAUCCGUGAUAUACCCCAUCAUCUUCCACAAACUCCUCGGUCCCCUCGGCUUCGGCUGGACCACCCGGAUCAUCGGCUUCAUCGCCCUCGGUGGGCUGUGCGUCUCGCUGGCGGUGAUGCGCCUGCGACUCCCCCCUCCCAAGCAAACCCGAUCCCUCCUGGACCUGUCCGCCUUCCAGGAAGCCCCCUUCCUCAUCUUCAGCUUCGGUCUGUUCUUCGCCUUCGUCGGCCUGUACUUCCCGUUCUUCUAUCUCCCCACCUACAUGUCCAGCGUCGUCCACUCCACCGACGACCUGGCCUUUUACAUCAUCGCCAUCCUCAACGCCACGUCUGUGUUCGGUCGGAUUACCCCCGGGCUGGUGGCCGACCGCAUUGGCUCCCUCAACACCAUCAUCCCCAUGGGCCUGAGUGCGGCCAUCCUCGCGUACGCCUGGAUCGGGAUCAAGAACAUCGGGGGGACGAUCGUGUUUGCGUGUCUGUAUGGGUUUUUCUCGGGGGCGAUUGUCUCGUUGCCCCCGACGAUUGUGGCGCGUCUGAGUCCGAAUAUGAAUGUCGUCGGGACGCGAAUGGGCAUGUGCUUCACGUUUGCGGGAUUGGGACUGUUGAUUGGGAACCCCAUUGCCGGGGCGCUGCUAGAUGUGGAGAAGGGCGUGUUUUGGAAGGCAGAGCUGUUCAGCGCGGUCAUGGUGACGGCCGGCGCCGCGGCGUUCAUCUGGUUGAGGAUGCUGAAGUGGACCGAUGGUGAGAAAGGAAAGUAUUAG